GAGCAUCCCCUUUUUAGAAAGACUGAGUCUCUCCCGGGACAGCUGCUGCGGUCACACCACAAACUUAAAAGCCGCCCUCCCGCUCCGAGCGUGCCUUUCCUCGCCACCCUCGCCUCCCCACAGCUCCAGCUGGUGCCUGGCUCCGCGCCGCUCCCGGCAGGGCGCUCGGGGGGCAGCAGCGCCCCCUGCCUCCCGGCCUGGCCUCUGCGGCCGCAGCCUCCACGCUCCGCCAGGGCCGCCGGCGGCUCCGCGGCUCAGCCAGGGCUGCCGCUCAGAGGAGGUCGCGCCGGUGUCCCGGGUCGCCGCCUCGCACGCCCACCGCCUGCACCCCCUUCCUCUCUCCCAGAAAAGAAAGCGGGCACAAGAGAGAGGGCGAGAAGAGUUCGCGGCAGAAUCGUGGUAACCAUCUGAGUGGUCAAGUUGCUUGUAUCUUAUGCAUACAGACUGAUAUCAGCUGUUUCCCAGGACGUGCCUCGCUCCAUACCAGAUUGAUCUUAACUUCUGAGAUUUAAGAUUAAAUUAACGCUGUUUGAAACAGAACACUGUUUUCAUCAUGAUUGUUACUAAAGAUGAGAGACCAAAGUCCAGAAACCAUGAUUUGUACCUUUUUCAUGCCCUGAUGAUGCUAAGCAUGACCAUGCUGUUUCUUCCAGUCACUGGAACAUCUAAGCAAAAUAUUCCACGACUCAAGCUAACCUACAAAGACUUGCUGCUUUCAAAUAGCUGUAUUCCCUUUUUGGGCUCAUCAGAAGGACUGGAUUUCCAAACCAUUCUGUUAGAUGAGGAGAGGGGCAGGCUGCUGCUGGGAGCCAAGGACCACAUCUUCCUGCUCAGUCUGGUUGACUUAAACAAAAAUUUUAAGAAGAUUUAUUGGCCUGCUGCAAAGGAACGGGUGGAAUUGUGUAAAUUAGCUGGGAAAGAUGCCAAUACAGAAUGUGCAAAUUUCAUCCGGGUACUUCAACCCUAUAACAAAACUCAUGUUUAUGUGUGUGGAACGGGAGCAUUUCAUCCAAUAUGUGGAUAUAUUGAUCUUGGAAUCUACAAGGAGGAAGUUAUGUUCAAACUAGACGCACAUCAUUUGGAGUCUGGCAGACUGAAAUGUCCUUUUGAUCCUCAGCAGCCUUUUGCUUCAGUAAUGACAGAUGAGUACCUCUACUCUGGAACAGCUUCUGAUUUCCUUGGCAAGGAUACUGCAUUCACGCGGUCCCUUGGGCCUACUCACGACCACCAUUACAUCAGAACUGAUAUUUCGGAGCACCACUGGCUCAAUGGAGCAAAAUUUAUUGGAACUUUCCCCAUCCCAGACACCUAUAAUCCAGAUGAUGAUAAAAUAUAUUUCUUCUUUCGUGAAUCAUCUCAAGAAGGGAGUACUUCUGAUAAGACCAUCCUUUCUCGAGUUGGAAGAGUUUGUAAGAAUGAUGUAGGAGGACAACGCAGCCUGAUAAACAAAUGGACCACUUUUCUCAAGGCCAGACUGAUUUGCUCAAUUCCUGGAAGUGAUGGGGCAGAUACUCAUUUUGAUGAGCUUCAAGACAUUUACUUACUCCCCACAAGAGAUGAAAGAAAUCCUGUAGUAUAUGGAGUCUUUACCACAACCAGCUCCAUCUUCAAAGGCUCUGCUGUGUGUGUGUAUAGCAUGGCCGACAUCAGAGCAGUUUUUAAUGGUCCAUAUGCGCAUAAGGAAAGUGCAGAUCAUCGUUGGGUGCAGUAUGAUGGAAGAAUUCCUUAUCCCCGACCUGGUACAUGUCCAAGCAAAACCUAUGACCCACUGAUUAAAUCCACCCGAGAUUUUCCAGACGAUGUCAUCAGUUUCAUAAAGCGGCACCCUGUGAUGUAUAAAUCAGUGUAUCCAGUUGUGGGAGGACCAACAUUCAAGCGCAUCAAUGUGGAUUACAGACUGACACAGAUUGUGGUGGAUCACGUUGUCGCAGAAGAUGGCCAGUACGAUGUGAUGUUUCUUGGAACAGACAUUGGAACAGUCCUAAAAGUUGUCAGCAUUUCAAAGGAGAAGUGGAAAAUGGAAGAGGUAGUACUGGAGGAGUUACACAUAUUCAAGCAUUCAUCAAUCAUCUUGAACAUGGAGUUGUCUCUGAAGCAGCAACAGUUGUACAUUGGUUCCCGAGAUGGACUGGCUCAGCUCUCCUUGCACAGAUGUGACACCUAUGGGAAAGCUUGUGCAGACUGUUGUCUUGCCAGAGACCCCUACUGUGCCUGGGAUGGAAACGCAUGCUCUCGCUACGCACCCACUUCAAAACGGCGAGCUAGACGCCAAGAUGUGAAGUAUGGGGACCCAAUCACCCAGUGCUGGGACAUAGAAGACAGCAUUAGUCAUGAAGCUGCUGAUGAAAAGGUGAUUUUUGGCAUUGAAUUUAAUUCAACCUUUCUGGAAUGUAUACCUAAAUCCCAACAAGCAUCUAUUAAGUGGUAUAUCCAGCGGUCAGGAGAUGAAUAUCGAGAGGAGUUGAAACCCGAUGAAAGGAUCAUCAAAACAGAAUACGGGCUACUGAUUCGAAGUCUGCAGAAGAAGGACUCUGGGAUGUAUUACUGCAAAGCACAGGAGCACACUUUUAUCCACACCAUAGUGAAGCUGACUUUGAAUGUCAUUGAGAAUGAACAGAUGGAAAAUACCCAGAGGGCAGAGCACGAGGAGGGGCGGGUCAAGGAUCUGUUGGCUGAGUCACGGUUGAGAUACAAAGACUAUAUCCAAAUCCUUAGCAGCCCAAACUUCAGCCUCGACCAGUACUGCGAACAGAUGUGGCACAGGGAGAAGCGGAGACAGCGAAACAAGGGCGGCCCAAAGUGGAAGCACAUGCAGGAAAUGAAGAAGAAACGAAAUCGAAGACAUCACAGAGACCUAGACGAGCUUCCGAGAGCUGUGGCUACAUAGUUUUCUAUUUAAUUUAAAGAAAAAAUUCUUCACCUGCAAAAAUACUGUCUUCUCUUUUAUUCAUCCUUAUAUUAACUCAUAAGAGCUUUCCAUGGAGUUUUGCUAAAGCACAAGAACAGUAAUCUGAAUAAGACUGUAUCUGGUGGAUAUGGCAUUAAUAAGGGCAAACCAUGCAUCUGAACCAAUUUUCCAAGAACUAAACUUAUACCUGCACAGUAUCAGAAUUAUCUCAAAAGAGGGGCUUUACAUUUGUAAAUGUUUUACACUCUGAGUUUUUGAAUUUGUUAUGUUACGUAAAUAACUGAGCUAAGAAAGCGUCAAAUUUGACAUUGUCAUAAGGUGCUUUAUUUCCCUUGCAUGGUCUUUAAGCAUGGAGUUUACCAUGCAGUUGUGCUAUAUGUUCUUAUGAACAGAUACAUCAUUCCACUCUAGAACUGGCUACCUGGUGGUAGGAUUGGAGGGAAGACAUAAGAUACAGCUCACAUUAUCAACAGGAACUUUCCCAGUGAGCCAUUCACUCUUGGUGCAUGGUUUAGGAAUCUGGAGAGGUGCAUUACUCCUUUCAGACUCCAGGGGUUACAUUUAGUGUCCUGGAGCAUUGAUUUACUGAAGGGCAUAAAUGUUCCUCCCAGGAUUCCUUAUGACUUGUCAGGAUAACAGGUUCACAGAGAGAAGUUGGUGCUCAGUUAUGUGUCUUUAGAAUAUAUGCUGAGCUUUACAGGGACAGAAUGCUUAAUAAAUAUUUUAAUAGGAUAUGGGAAAGCAUUUUAAUAAAAUAAGGGAAACAUCAUGAUGUAUACUGCAUCCUAAUGGGAAAGCACGCAGCUGGGAUUUGUUAAGAGAAAGAAAGAAAGACAGCCAUAAAUUCUGGCUUUGGGGAAAACUCACAUCCCCAUAAAAAGGAAGAACAAUCACAAAUACAGUGCGUGAAAUGUACUGUAGCUUUACUCACUGGAAUAUAAGUAGCUGCCAAUUUGUAAUCCAUCUGUUAAAAAAAACCUCUAGAUUAUAACAAACUGCUAGCAAAAGUCUGAGGAAAAGUAAAUUUUCUAAAGAAUCAUGGGAAAAAUGAAUACAAAUUUAUUUACAACCAAUGGGAUUUCAGUAUGUACUUCCUCUCUUUUUUGUAGAAAUGCAUCAUGCUCUAUAAAUUAUUUCUAUUUACUGCCUUUAUGCUCUCCCAAAUAUUGGAUUAUUAGAUUUUAUUUGAGUGAAUAGGAAAAAGCAAUAUAUACAUAUAUAGAGAGAAUUAGGUAGACAACAGCGGUGGGGAGCGGGAAUACUAUAUAUUUGUUGAAUAACAGAACAAAUGCAAAAAUUUUGACAACGGAAAGGGUUAAAUUAACUCUUUGACAUCUUUUCUUCACACAAUCUUUUUGCAUUUCUGAGAUUAUAUGCUGUAAUUCAAGUAGCAUUGUUUUAGUAAUUUAAUAAUAAAUAAGCCUACUGCAUGUAAAGAAAACAAACUCACAAUAUUAACAUAAACAUUUUUUCACAUUUUGUUAGCACUUUCAAAUGUUUCCAAUUUGUUCUUUCCUCUGAAUAUGUAUGGUAUGUUUCCUGCCUGUUUAAGAAGGACUCACCUUUCCUUCGUAUAACACAAAACCCUCAGCCUUCUUCUGUUUUGCCUUUUCACGCCGUUUUUAGUGUGAAAUGAAAAAUUAGUCACUUCCUCACAUGGAAGGCAGCUUUUCAGAAAACUAAAUAGCAGACAUAGCUCGUUUCUCAUGCAUUCUACGUGUCUUGAAAAUAAAAGCCUGUGAGAACCCUGUGAUUAUAGGGCAACUUAUUACAGAGUUCAGUAUCAUGUCUGUGACUGGCUUUAUGCUCAAAACGUUCUAUCUUACAUUCAUUGUAUUUGCAUUGCUUACCUACUCAAAGUAGUCACACUGAUCUAUGAGGUUAAGUCGCCUUUUGAUAUGAUACUCAAAUAUUUGUAGAUGUUUUACUGUAAGGAAAACUUAAGGAAGAUAGUUUUUUUUUUUUAAGUGAACCAGAACAAAUCACUCUAUUAAAAAGUAAUUCAUAAGAAUAGUUGUAGCAAGAUCAGACUGCUAACAAGAGUGUUUGUAACUUGAUUUGCUGGCUCAAAAUGUUCCAGGAACUCAUAGUAAGCUCAAAGCAUAUAAGUAGGAGCAUGUUUUUUAAAAGAUUUCCAAAUAUUUGUAUAUCAGACAGUAAUGAUCAAAUUAUGGAUGGCUUUGGGAAAAUUCCAUGAAGCUCAAAUGUUAGGAUGGACUUGUGAAAAUAAAUUUGGUUUUCAUCAAAAUAUGAAUGUCCAAGCCAUUUUUUAAUUAAUUCUUUCUAAUCUUAGUUAUUCAGAAAAAAUUGGGGGGGACAUUUUAAUUUACAGCUAAUAUUCUGGCUGCUUUGGAUCUAAAACUAUAAAUUUAUGAUAAUUAAAAUAUAUUUGAAAUAUUGUUAGUAAAAUAAAAAGUCAUAUAAUAAAUAAACCAUAUGGGCAAAGAUUUAUGUGUAUUUAUAAAGACAGAAGACAUCUAAGCUGCUAUGUUUAAUUUUUGAAUCGUUUAAUUGCCUAGAACGCUUAGAAGAACAGUGUGAAUAUAUUAAAUCUAGAGAUGAGAUACAAUAUAUACUUCCUCACCACUGAAAGUUUUUACCAAAUUUUCUUUGAAAUAAUGAAAAAUGAAAUUAUAGUUAAUAGUUUCAAAUACAUUUGCUAAGAAAUCAGCUCUUUGUGGAGAGGUCUUAAAAUGUCUAUGUUUAUUCUUGGUUUUAUAUUUUUUCCCCUGUUUUGAAUACAUAUGGCUCUGACUUGCAUAUUCUCAUCUGCAUUUCAUUCCAGCUAUUUAUGCUGCUAAAUGGAAUCCUGACUGUCUGCAUUCAUUUACAUUCAAUGUAUUGGGAAUUUUAAGAGUUUGUUUAGAAAUAGAUAGUCUAAAUAAUUAAUUUAUAUAUAAACUGUUUCUUCCCCAAAGAGCUCAAAACAGUACAUUCACAUUAUUGAAUAAACAUUUUUGAAAACCAACCAAAUUAUUUAAGAAAUGGAAAACUGCCACAGAGAAAUUUAGAAAUUUGCAAAAGCCACAACAGUAGUGAAAAAAUUAUAAUUCACACAAUACCUCAUCCAUCCGUUGACUAAAUAACGCUUAUUUACAGCAUGCUGCCUGCAAAAUGGUCUUACUCUUGAAUUUCUCCUUUGGUCUAUGUUUUGGUUCUUUAUAUGCUAUUAAUUUUUGUUUCUGCUGAAUUGUGUAGACUCAACUAAAAAAUAAGUUUACAGUUGUCGGUGCCUGUUUUUCCACGUUACAUUGAAAAUUAAAUUUUCAAGGACAGUUUGGUAGCAUCCACAUGUCUACGAAAUACUAAAUUGAACAAAAGCAUUAAUUAAACACUGAUAUUUUAAAUUUAAAUAUGAUAUUUCAUAUAUAUCAUAAAUGAAAGUGGAAAUCAAAACUGAAAUAGCUUCCCUUUAGAAUUUGUCUUGGACAACAUGUUGGAACUCAUUAGCCUUAUUGGGAAUGGAUAGUUUAGAAAAAAGAGAUAUUUGAAAUGUUUUUAUAGAAAGAAAUAUUUUUUUCUCACAGUAAAUGACCACAAUAUUUAAAUAAUGUAAUUUGCAUGUGAGGUUAAAAAAUGAGAUCUAAAAUUCCAACAUUGUACACAUUGACAGUGCAAAGACAGGAACAUGCACAUGACUUAUACCUCUCAUUUAAAUAUUUAGUCCUAUAAAGUAUUUAUGGUAAGUUUGAUAUAGGUGAUUUGGGGGUGAAGGGCAAAAAUCUGUCAGUUAAUUGUGUAAUUUAAUUCUUAAUAAUUGUAAGUGGUUAGCAAUCUAUUUUGAAUUUGUAGUUUUGCUAUUUUAAAAGAAAUGUAGUCUUGUAAUCUAAAAUAAUGGAAAGUUGUUAAAUGUAUAUUUUGGUUGUAUUAUAAUAAAAUACAAACAUUAGUGUUCUAUGGUUAUAAACAGAA